GGUAGUGUUCAGUCCCGCGUCCCUGCGCUAUCAGUGAAGCUCACGCCCCCUUUUCUCCAUGAUAUUAGCUGUUUAGCUGCUCCCUAGCAGACUGAACACGUGUAGUCCUCGUGGUUCCUGUCCUGAGGAUAGUGAAGUUUUAUGGAGUCACGACUUCUAAACCAGGACAAACCAACGGAUACCUCGUCCUGCUGGAAUAAGAACCGUGUCGGUGUAGCAGGACAUCGAAAUGAGAUGGUGAAUGGAGGAAAUAAGGAGCAUCAAUCACCCACAGAUGGCUGGGCUUGUGCCACUGGACAAUGAGAGAGACAAGUGGUGCAGGGAGAAAUUGGAAUUUGUUUGUGCUGUUGUUAGUGGUGUAGACAGGGAGAGCUUGAAGGCUCAGCUGGAUAUCUGUGAAACAGAUGAAGAUGCAGAGGGUCUGAUGCAGAGUCUCUUGUGGUUACAGGACCACAAUGAGGCACAGCUACUCAGUUAUCAGACUAACCAGGAACAGCACCACAACCACCUACAACAAAACCUAAAUGACCAUGAAGACCUACGCCUGCAGUACCGAAAUGAUCCAGGUGACUAUCCACAGGGCCAGGAUUAUCCUGGGCAGCAUCCACAGAAUCAGGGUGAUCCCGGACAGCAUCUACAGAAUCAAGAUGAUCCUGAGCAUCAUCCACAAGUCCUAGAUAAUUUAGGGAAUUAUCCUCAUGCCCAUGAUGAAGCAAGGGAAUAUCCUCAGGUCCAGGAAAAUCCAGAGGGGCAGCUUCUUGCACAAGAUGAUUUAGAGGAAAUUCCUCAUGUCCAGGAUGAUCCAGGAGAGCAGUUCCAGAAUGAUGAUGAUUCAGAGGAAGAUCCUGAAGAGUUUGAUGAUCCAGAGGAAGAUCCUGAAGAGUUUGAUGAUCCAGAGGAAGAUCAUGAGGAGUUUCUUCAGGCAGAAAAUGCUUCUGGAGUUCCUGAACAAUAUAAUCAGCCUGUGUAUCCAGUGCUCAAAAAUAUUUUUGGACCAUUUGUACAGGUUCAAGAUAAGGCAGAACAGGGACAAAACUUUGGCAUAGUAUUCCAGGAAGCUGAAGUAAUGGAUUCCAGUGGUGCAGCUAGUAUUGCAGGUAUAAAUAAUGCAUCUGAGAUAGCAGGAGCAUCGGGUGUAAAUAUUGCAAUUGACCCAGCAGGGGCAUUAAAUAUAAAAAUGGCAACUGCAAUAGCAGGGGCAUCAGGUGAGGACACAGUGAAUGACGAGUUGAUGGCACAGUUGCUGGCAGAAGAGGAGACACUCGUUAAGAAUAUUGACACAGUAGGUGACGAACAGUUGGCACGUGAGCUGUCUGAGGAGACAGAAGAACACGAAGAAAUGGAGGAGGACAGAGUAGCGGCACACCUGGCCGCUCUUGUCAAUAUGUUCCCUGAUGCAGAGCCUGGCUACCUGGAGGAGAGGUGCAUUGAAAUUAGUGGAGCAGAAGAGAACUUUGAACAGCUGGUGGAGGAUCUACUGCAGAAAAAAUCCACCGAACCCAGGAUGUCUGGGUACCUCAAGCAACAGAGACAGACAAUUGUUGCUCAGAUACCUUCCACGUCAACCGCCAUGGAGAUCCCUGAGACUCUGCUGGAUCCUGAGCAGGAUGCAGCAGCCAAUGAACUCCAUGAGUGCACUAUAUGUUAUGAAGAAUCGGUACUGGAGAAGAAUAUGGCUACCUGCAAUGCUUAUUACAACUUCCACAAGUUCUGCAUUGACUGUAUCAGGAAGCAUGUAGCAGCACAGAUAGGCCAAGGAAAUACCAGAUUUAAAUGCAUGAAUGGAUACUGUGAGUCAGAGUUCUCAUGGAGGACACUCAAGAGAGUGAUGGAACCUGUGGUGUUUGAAAAACUUCAAGAAAGAAAGCAGCAAGAUGAAAUACGAGCUGCUGGCAUCGAAAACCUAGAGUCCUGCCCAUUCUGUAAUUUCAUGAUCAUCAUGCCCGACCAGGAGAACAAAGUACUUGAGUGUCUCAAUCCUGAGUGCCUGAAGGAGUCCUGCAGGUUAUGCAAAGAGGCAUCGCACAUCCCAUACCGGUGUAAUGAAAUAGAAAAAACAGAUCAGAAAGAUGCGCGGACUGAAAUAGAGAAUCGCAUGGCAGAAGCAAUGAUCAGGGAAUGUCCAAAUUGCAAAAAGCGAUUUAUCAUAGAAGCUGGAUGUAACAGGAUGACGUGUCCGUGCGGGGCCGUCAUGUGUUACCUGUGUAAGUCACUCAUCAGUAACGACUACAACCACUUUGAACGAGAGCAAGUGGCUUCAAACAAGUGCCCUCUCUGGAGCAAUGCCACAGACCUUCAUACUUCUGAGGUUCGUGAGGCUGCGGUCAGAGCCAAGCAGGAAAUGGACCCAAAUAUCUCGCUUCUUCAUGACCCAACGUCUGACAUUAUGUAACACCUCGGUGGUGAUUAUGCUGUGCUUAUCAUGUUGGAAGUUCAGUGUAACUCAAGUACAUUAAUUUUGUAUUCAACCCAGUAUGAAUGACACUUGUUUCUUACCUGGAGUAUACCUAGUAAGGGUAUACUUUGGUUACAGUCUGUAAAUAACUUCACUAUAAGCUGGAAUACAAAGCCUGUCAGUAUACAAAAAUAUUUAUACUUUUUCUAGCAUUCAAUUUAAGCAGUCAAAUCAGUUCAAAAUCACAUCAAUCAAGAGCAGUUAAGUUUCUCUUUUCCUAACUAAAAAUGUACAGAAAAAAAGAUUCAGAGGUUACCAUCAUUCAGUACAUUGCAAUUUAGAUGGUGCAGUGGGGUUGUAGCAAUGCCUAGUGAUAGUAGUCAGUGUUGAAGGUUGUGUUGAGUGAGAAGCUUCGAUUUCAGCGUGUUUUGUAUCCUUAACAAUUUUUAUUAUUUUUUUUUUAUUCUAUUGCUGAGCACCGAAGGUUCAGAAUUCAAUGCUUGAGAAAAUUAUAAAGUUUGUUUUGGUACUCGAACACUCACAUGGUCUGUUUUCAUUUCUGAUGUUUUGCACUGGUAAUUGCUCCUUAUUUUUCCCUCUGAUUUUUUGCUACUAGCCAUGAUACGGUGAAUGAAUCAUGAGUUGACGAUACCUCAGUUAUUAUUAUGAUAAUCAUAACCAAGCGCUAAACCCAUAAUGGUCAUACAGCAACAGUGCCUCAAGUUCCACUCACUAUGGUCACUCUGAUCUCAACUUAAUUACUCCUCUAUCUUCACCAUGCAUGUGGCUCCCAACCCCAUUCUAGUGAAAAAUGGGAUAAUGAUAUUAUUUUUAUUAUCAAGAGGCUUAUCCAUUUAGUAUCCUGUGACAUUUGCUUUAUACUUCAUUACCAUUACAACAGUAAGAGGUGAGAUGUCAGAGACUUAUAAAAAGUACAAGACUGCUAACAGCAGUGUAUUAAACUUUUUUUUUUUUUUUAUAGGAGUCAGCUCUCAUAUAAAGCUCCUCUAUAUAGUGCAAAGUUUUCCAUGAAUGUAAUUGAAAAAGGUAUGAAAAUUGAAUACUGUGCACUAUGUACCACUACCAUUGUACCACUACCAGUGUACCACUACCAGUGUACCACUACCAGUGUACCACUGCCUUGGGCUAAUCAGCUUUGGGUGCACUUGUUCAGUCGCAGUUAUGAAAAUGCGCGCUGUACAGGAGUACCUCGCUUUAAGGUGCUUAACUAAUACAGCACUUUGCUUUUCAAGUACAGUGGACCCCCGCAUAACGAUUACCUCCGAAUGCGACCAAUUAUGUAAGUGCGUUUGUACGUGUAUGUUUGGGGGUCUGAAAUGGACUAAUCUACUUCACAAUAUUCCUUAUGGGAAAAAAUUCGGUCAGUACUGGCACCUGAACAUACUACUGGAAUGAAAAAAGUUCGUUAACCGGGGGUCCACUGUAUACAUAUUCAUGUUUAUUAUUUUUUGUGCCUGCCUUGCUCUUAAGGUUUGCAGUGGUGAUGUACACAUCAGCUGAAACCUUCAGUAGCGAGUAGGCCUACCAUUCAACAGCAAGUAGGCCUACCAUUCAGCAAUGAGUAGGCCUACCACUCAACAGCAAGUAGAUCUACCAUUCAACAGCAGGUAGGUCUACUGUUCAACAGCAAGUAGGCCUACUAUUCAACAGCAAGUAGGCCUACCAUAUAACAGCAAGUAGGCCUACUAUUCAACAGCCUUCACCAUAAGCAAAAGACAAAAAUAUUUUAAAGUUACCAAUACUGUACAGUAUUAUAGCAUUUUUUUAUUAUUUUUACUUUUCCACAAUUUUUUUUAAGCCUAUUGCUAUUGCACUCUUAAUAAAUGAUAGUGUAAACAUGUUUUUAGGCUUUUAUAUGCACGGGCAAGUGAAAAAAAGGCUGUGAUUCACUCUAAGGAUCCUAGCCUGCUGUAUUUGUGAGGUAUGCCUGUGAAGGUGGGCCCCACUUAUACAGCAGAUUAGGUUGCCAUGUCCUGCUUAUACAGCAAAUUAGGCUCCUGGGCUCCACUUAUAUAGCAGGUUAGGUUCCUGGGGCCCCACUUAUACAGCAGGUUAGGUUCCCAGGCCCCACUUAUACAGCAGGUUAGAUUCGUGGCUACUGCUGUAAAGUGAAACAUAGCUGCGGACGGGUGCGGCCCCCCCCCUUCCCUUUUUUUUUCACUUUCAAAUGCAUAUAAGAGCCUGAUAACAUGUUUACACUAUCAUAUAUUAAGUGAACAAUAGAGCUAGGCCUAAAAAAUGCAUAUACGGUACAUACAUUACUUACCUUAAAAUAUUUUUCUCCUUAGCUUAUAGUGAGUGGUGAAUAUAUUUAUUGUAGGAAGUCUAAAUAAAUGAAUGGGCAGGGCCGGCCUUAAGCUGAUUGGACCGACUGCUCCCAAUUGGCCCCCAUGCUAGAGUGUAGCAGGAGUAUAAACUUCGACAAAAUUCUAAAAGACUGCAGAGAAAAAAGCAAGAAAAAAUAACUUUCUCCUAAUAAAAGGAAUAAUAUAACACAUUUAUAGUUUAUAAAUGUUAAGUGAUUUUUAGAAGUCUGAAAAAGAUAAUUUGUUUCCAACAGUGCACUUAAAUUCUGAACAAAAAUAAAUUAAUAUUUUUAAUAAAUGAUUUCACAGUCACUAGAGCAAGUGGUAUUGUGACUAUGUACUUUUCAGAGGUGAUAUACAAAUUUUGUUUCUUGUAGGCUUACAAUUAUGCAAUUUUAUAUUAAAAUAUAGCUUACAUCUGUUUGGUCUAUUAACUCACAUGCAUUUUUUAAGCGCACAGUUUGAUUGCUUUCCAUACUUGGGGCCCACCAAAAUUGUUCCCAAUUGGGCCUUGCACCUCCUAAGGCCAGCUCUGAGAAUGGGUAUAACUGAAAACUGCUGCAUUAGUGAAAUUCUGUAAAGUGAAGCACUGUAAAGUGGGGCCUCCUGCACUGAGGAGUAUUAUAAGAGAGGUGACCACAAUACUCAGUUGUUUCUCUCUAAUAUGUAUAUUACCUUUGUGUAAAUGAAUGUCAUCAUCCUAGAAAGCUGACAAUCCAAUAUUAAUUUUAAAUAUUGUAUUACAGAGACAAAACUGAAAUCAACAAUACUGGUUAUAGAUGAGUUAUAUCUAAUCUUUAUCCAAAAAAACAUGUUUCAUGUGAUAAAAUUAGUUAAUGUUCUUGUUUAUGUUUAGAAAUUCUGAACAAAGUACACUGCUUUACUGAGAUGGAUGGACCUUAAAGCCUACACAGUGCAGGUGAACAUUCCAUGCAUUUUAUUUAGUACAAGUUACCUACAGUAUUUCUUCAUUUUUUAAGUUAUCAUUAUGCUACAUGUUAAUUAGCUUAUCAUUUCACAAUCUCAUAAACAUCUUCAGAGUUUUAGAACGUAUCAUAGCUAGUGAUGGUACUAUACCUUUGAUAUCUUUGAUAUAUCUCUGACAGGUUUCGAGAGCUGUUCUCUUGCAGCCCAGCCCUGGUAUACUGUGAUUUGUUCUGUGUUAUGUUGGUCAUCAGUGUGGGGUAUAUACAUAGCUAGUAUACAUGACAAGUAUAUGUACUACUGACAUACACCUGUAACCAGUUUCGAGGGUUCGUUGAUGGUCUCCUUUCUUUCUUGCUGCCCUGGAUUUCCUGGAUGGCCACCACUCAGAAACUUUUUUUUUUUUUUUUGGUAUGACGUUUUCUGUGUGGGGGGGUGAGGGGGUGAAGAGUGGUGGGGGAUUGGGGGUUAUGGACAGGUCAUGUGGAGGGGGUCUUUUUUUUGGGAGAAAAAAUAGGUCACAACUUCAUUGUGGACUGCUUGGUCAACCAGGCUGUUGGUGGCCUGCAGGCCUAUAUAGCCAUCCUAGAGUCAUCAUUCUUACUAUUUUUAGUCAGUGUUCCACAUUCAUUAUUACUGUACCUUGUCCAUUAAUUUCAACAUUAAGUAGAGUAUCUAUAGAACAUGUUUGUUCAUUUCUUUCUUUGCUUAUUCAUUUGAUUAUCAUCACUAGUUUGUUAAUGUUCUCUUCGCUAUCAUGUUCGUGUGUUCAUUAUAACCUUAUGGUUGUUAACUGUUGUAAAACACUGAUUAAUAUCACCUUUCACUUAUUCAGUAUAACUGUGUACAGUUGUUCCACAUUAUAACAAUACUCGUAUCUCUAGCUGCAUUUCUUACUUGACUCUUCAACUUGUCCUUUGUAGUAAAUUUCACCUUGAUUCAGUUGAUCAUUUUAUUAAUGUUGUACAAUACCAACAGGUAGAUGAGUGAGACACGUGUAGUACUUGGGUACUUUUAUUGGCAUGUGUUGCACACGUCUCACUCAUCCGGUUGACCCUCAGAGAUAAGGUCAUCGGAAUCAGUUGUCCUUCCGAUUUCCUCCUGUAAAUCGUAACGUUCAGGUAUCAGCUAGUUUUUGUCAUUAGCCCUAGAGAGGUAUACUAGAACUAGUGAUCGUCUCGUAUAACCGGGUAUACUGUACCCGGCAAUGACAAGCAUAUAUAUCAUUUUUCUAAUCAGGAUGUAUUGUUGAUAAUUGAGGCACAUUUAAAUUAGUUUACUGAAGUGAAUACAAGGCCUGUCACAAUUCUAUUUCACUGUCCACACAUGCAAAUACCUCACUAGGGCAAAUCAUGUACCAUGUCUACGAUUUUGUCAAAAAUCUAUUUUUCCACGAUGUGUGUUCCACAGAGAAGGUGAAACCUAACCAAGAACCACCAUACCAUUCUGUGCCUUAACAGCUAUAGCAAAUAAAGUAUAUUAUCC